AUGGAUCAUUACCAACAAGCCGGUCAACAUUGUUCUUCAACAAAACUCGAAAGAAAGAUUAUUGAGAAAAAUAGGAGAAAUAAGAUGAAGAGUCUCUGUUCCAAACUCAACUCUCUUCUUCCUAACUAUAAUCCCAAGGAAGCUUUACCAUUACCUGAUCAAAUAGACAAUGCUAUACACUACAUUAAGAGCUUAAAAACAAAUUUGAAAUUGGCAAAGGAGUUGAAAGAAAGUUUAAUUAGAAACAAGAGAUCAAGUAGUGGCUGUUCGAGUUCUUCGGGUGCAAAAGGAAGCACAAAAUCACCAAAAAUAGAGAUUCAUGAAAAUGGUUCUUCUCUACAAGUUAUUGUAACAUGUGGGGUUUAUGAUAAGUUCAUUUUCUGUGAAAUUCUAAGAAUACUGCAUGAAGAUCACGUGGAGGUCAUCUCUGCAAAUUCUUCAUUGGCUGGAGAUUCAGUUAUUCAUGUUGUGCAUGCAGAGAAUCCACAGUCAUUGUUUCAGUUUGGAGCAACGAAAGUAGGCGAGAGAUUGAAAAGGUUUGUGAAUGGAUCUGCAAGCAAGGCGCAAUUAAUAGAGCCUCCAGUGUGGGAUUUUGAGACUGGAACUGAGAAUUGGGAUUUAAAUUCUGUAGUAAACAAGUGUUUACCAAAUUGUUGA